UCUGGGCAGCUAGAUUCAUCUCUUCCUCUCCCUUCCCAGAAAUACCACGUGUCUUCUGCCGAGUUAUGUGCCAUUUAACUCUCUAUUAAACCAACCAGAAAGUGCCCUGAAUAAGACAGAUCUUCACAGUGCACAAAAAGAUUACCCUACACAGUAUUGUCUGAUCAUUUUAAAGUACAACCGAUUCAACAUGAUUUUUAACGCUGCAGUAAUAUUUCUAAUAUUUCUGUCAAAGUCUUGACUCCCAUUCACACAUGUUGGGCUGUGGAUCUGAAAGUGCACUAUCAAACUGCUUCCCCAUGGCUGUUUGAAACCAAAUCAGUAGCCACCUUGUUAAGAAACCACAUUUUGAUACAUUAAGUCUCCAUACCUUGUUUUUGUUUUCAAUCUUUAAUGUACCUAACAAAACAGGUUUCAGCUAUGCUGAACUUGUGCCCCCAUGAGGUAUGCCCACCGUUUGCCUUGUAAGAAUAACCUGUGAUAUGAUUGCGCUUUUGCUUUAGGAAAACAUUUUUCCAGAUACCUUGAUGAUAAACCCCGCUCCACACAAUGUAUUAUUGAACUUGUUUUUUCUUUUAUUUCCUCCUUUCUAACAGCCAAUAACAUGGACAGCAUGUUCUUAUGUUUUUUGUUUUAAAACUCCAAUCCUUCCCACAAAAAGGCACCUAAAAGGGCAAUGAGGGCUGCUCUCUGAAAUACGGACGCUGGGAGCAAACGUCUACUGGCCUCUUCCUGGUGCUCCUGAAAACAAAGCUUGCUUUAAUCAGACAUUCGAACAAUUCGUUCCUCUCAGGCCUAACAGCUGUCCAGCGUACUCUGUUUCUUCCUCCCACACCCAACUGCGUGUAGCCAAACACAAGUCCAGGAAGAGUAAAUAUCAUCCCUCAAGGAUUGCAGGGAUUCCUUCGCGCAGACUUCUGGGAAAUGUAGUCCAUCUGACUGUGACAUCACGCGAAGACGUCCAGAAAAGCUUUUUCCGGCUUUUGGUCUCCACACGUGCGACUUCCUCAAAGUUGGGCGAGAGUCCCGCCUGCUGCCCAUUCCUGUUGCGUCUCUGAUAUGGAGUAAAGAAUUAAGAGAGGAAAAACCCGAGGCUCCAGAAGUCACGGGUAGGAAAUUCCGAAACACGGACAGAUAUUCCAGAAUCAGCUGCUAUAGAAAGCUGUGACUAGGGUGAGAGAACACACAUUCUGCAGACGUCUGGAGUGAGAGACCCCGUGCAAUGCAGAAUGGGGACUAGGAAAACUUCUGUGUCAGGUCCGCAGGAAAUGCUGUCCUUCUGGGAUGUGGCCAUUGAGUUCUCUCCAGAAGAGAGGGAAUGUCUGGAGCCUGCUCAGUGGAAUCUGUACAGGGAUGUAAUGUUGGAGAACUACAGCAACCUUGAAUUCCUGGGUCUUGUCAUCUCUAAGCCACACCUGGUGACAUUUCUGGAGCAAACACAAGGACCUGGGGAUGGGAAGAGACCAGCAGCAGCCACCGUGCACCCAGGAACAACAUCCAAUGUUGAUUAUAACUCACUACAUAGUCAAUGCCAGAGAAUUCAUCCAAGGGAGAAACCCUACAAGUGUGAAGAAUGUGGUAAGGCCCUUAGUUCUUAUAAAACACUUUCAAUUCAUCAGAGACUUCACACUGGAGGAAAACCCUACGUGUGUAAAGAAUGUCACAAGGCCUUCAAUACUCGCUCAUCACUUUUUAUACACCAGAAAAAUCAUACUGCUGAGAAACCCUACAAGUGUGUAGACUGUGGCAGAUCAUUUUACUAUCUUUCGAUGCUGAAACAACAUCAAAGGAUUCAUUCUGGAGAGAGACCCUACAAGUGUGAAGAAUGUGGCAAAUCUUUUUGCUAUCCCUCAUUCCUUAAGCAACAUCAAAGAACUCAUUGUGGAGAAAAUCCCUACAAAUGUGAAGAUUGUGGAAGAAGUUUUUCUUGUUCUCUACGACUUCAGGUGCAUCAAAUAAUUCAUUCUGGAGAGAAAACAUACAAGUGUGAAGAAUGUCACAAAGCUUUUCGUUAUCACUCAUCCUUUUGGAGACACAUGAGAGUUCAUAUUGCAGAGAAGUCAUACCAGUGUGAACUGAGUGGAAAAGAAUUUACUAAGCCUGCCUUUCUCUUUGGGAACAAGGCAGCUCACACUGCAAAGAAAGCCUACAAGUGUGAAGAGUGUGGCAAGUAUUUUUGUUCAACUUCAUCCCUUAGACGACAUCAAACAAUCCAUUCUGAAGACAAUCCCUACAAGUGUGCAGAGUGUGGCAAAAGGUUUUCCUACUUUGCACACCUGCAAGAACAUCAGACAGUUCAUACUGGAGAGAAACCAUACAAGUGUGAGGAGUGUGGUAAAUGUUUUUCCUCAUCUUCAUCCCUUAGACGACAUCAAACAAUCCAUUCUGAAGACAGUCCCUAUAAGUGUGUAGAAUGUGGCAAAUGGUUUUCCUGUUCCAGGAGUCUUCGGGAACAUCAUGCAAUUCAUACUGGAGAGAAACCAUACAAGUGUGAAGAAUGUCACAAAACCUUUCGUAAAUACUCAACCUUUUGGAAACACAAGAGAGUUCAUGCUGCAGAGAAAUCCUACGAAUGUAAAAAGUGUGGGAGCUGUUUUUUCUCAUCUUCAACCCUCAGACGGCAUCAGGCAGUUCACUCAGAAGACUAUCCCUACAAGUGUGAAGAGUGUGGCAGCUGUUUUUACUCAUCCUUGUUCUUCAGACGCCAUCAAAUAAUCCAUUCUGAAGACAGUCCUUAUAAAUGCGUAGAAUGUGGAAAACGCUUUUCCUGUUCCAGGAGUCUUCGGGGACAUCAAGCAAUUCACACUGGAGAGAAACCUUACAAGUGUGAACAGUGCCAUGAAGCCUUUCGUAAUAGCUCAUCCCUUUGGAGACACAAGAAAGUUCAUACUGCAGAGAAAUCAUAGCAUUGUGAAGAGUGUGGCAAAUGUUUUUCUUCCUCUUCAUGCCUUAGAUGACAUCAAACACUCCAUUCUGAAGAUAACCCCUCCAAGUACGCUGAGUGUGGAAAUGCUUUUCUACUUUGCACACCUUGAAGAACUUCAGACAGCACACUGGAGAGAAACCAUCAAGGGUGAAGAGCUGGUAAAUGAUUUUACUCUUCUUCAUCCCUUAGGCAACAGAGAGAGAGAGAGAGAAAGAGAGAGAGAGAGAGAGAGAGAGAGAGAGAGAGAGAAUUUAUUCUGAACACAGUCUCCAAAAGUAUGGGGAAUGUGGCAAAGACUGUUAAUCUUUAUAAGCUUAUUGGACACAUGAUAGUUCAUACUGGAGAGAAAUCCUACAAAUGCCUUAAAAGUUUACCCUUCUUCAACCCAUAAAAUACAUAAAAUGAAUCAUUCUGACUAGAAAUUCUGUGAGUACCUGGAGAAACAAGGGUGGAAAGAGGAGUCAUGAGGAGAGGCCAGCCAGUCAGCAAGGAAGCAGGAUGUGUAGAAAAUGAGAUAAUAAGCCAUGAGCCACGUGACAAAGCAUAGAUAAGGAAUAUGGGUUGAUUUAAAAAUAAGAGUUCUGGGAGACUGUCUCCUAAUUCCCAGUUCUGGGAGACCUGGAACGGGUGUGUAAAGUCGGCUCAGUGACAAAACUCUGACCAUCUGUUUCAAACAAGUGGCCCAGAUAGCCUGAGCCAUUUUUAUUUUUACAGUUUCAAUAGUUUGCCUAAACAUUUUUCCAAUCUUAUUUAUUCUCUUAAGUUUCUAAUUUCUUACAAUAGCUGCCAACUUUUCCCUCAUCUCAUUCCCUAAUAAUAACAAUAACUGCCAACAUAUUCCCUCACCUCAUUCCCUUUCCGGCCCCAACCUUCCCACUGCUAAUCAUUACCUAUUUGACUCAUAGCUUUAAUAUUAGAAGCACAAGCAAUCUAGCAAACAACAGAGGAAGUUUUCUGACUAGGCACACCUACAGGUAGAACAGUGUGUUUCACGGGCUGCAUUGGUGGUUACAGAAAGAGAAUUUUGCCCCUAGCGGUUAAUGUUUCACUCCAGUCAAAUCUGUACUCAUCAUAGUCAACUCAUCAGCCGAGGCUGGACCACUUCAUUCUGUACUCUAACAUCUCCUCUAGGGAAUAUACCAGGAGUUCCCACCAUCGUGUAAGCUACAUAACUAAAAGCUUACUCUUUCUAGCUGGCCCUGCUUACCUCUUGUUCCCAUGUGUUUCUCCUCCCAGCUUUCUACAGCAUUGGCACAGCUGUUAAGGACGAGGGCAUUGUGGGCUUCUGUAAUUAUGCUUCAUUCCCAGACUGUUCCACUAACCCUUGAUAUCAUCUAUUUAUUAGCAUCUCUCUAAGAUCCUUGUGGUUAAAAUCAUUCUAUCUAGAACAGUUAUGCAAAUUUGUAAUAUUGUCCUGAACUUCUGUGACUGUUUCAGGAUAGUCACAAGGUGCAUUUAACAUCCUGUUCUUAAGAAGCCUGAAUUCGUGGUCACACCUGAAACAUCAAAGACUUUAGGGGCUAACUCAAAUGCACUCUGUCUUUUUAACAACAUCCCUUCUGGUUCACCCAGAGGAAAGUCUUCAGCGGGGAGGUUUUCCUUUUGUAAAUAGCCAUUUCAUCCAUAGCUCUAAGAAAAUGAAACUCAAAUUAACCAGCAAUAAUUUGUAUAAGGGAAGCAAGAAGAGUGCUCCUGAGGUCCUGCCCAGAAUUGUGCAGCAAACUAGCCAUGGGCCUUGCCAAAAAUGGGUUAGAUUCUCCAGGGCCUUGCAACAAGGAGAGUUUGUUCAGGCUCUUCUCAGGAACCCCCAAGAAAUCCACAUGGCUCCCAUCAUCUUUUUUGUUUUUAAAUUGAAGUUCAUGAACAUCACGAAGGACUAUGAGAAAGGCAAGUCUUAAUUUAUAUAGAGGGCUGGAAAGAGAAUGAUUAAAAUAAAAAAUAAACCAAGUGCAACAACCAAAUUAAUGAUAAAUGUCCAAAAAUGUUUUAUAGUUAAAAAGAGGUAAUUGAAUUUAAAAAAUGAGAUGCUUUCUUUUCGGCAGAAGACAUCUAAAGAUGUCGUUGUAAUUUGUUCAUGGAGAGAAUGAAUAUUCAUAUCUCCAUUAGAACUGUUCCAUAUUCUUCUAAUAUCAGCCUGAAUUUGUUCCCAUGGAUAAUUAGAACCGUUGUAAGACAAUGGUGUAACACAAAUCCAUUUAUAAUUUGUAUGACAAGCUGCAGUAAGUCUAACUUUAAUAUUUUGAAUCUGUGUACCUAUGUAUAAAACUGCCUCCUCCAAUGUUUUAACCCUAUUGACCAGGCCCUUAUCAAUAGAUUAUUGAGUAAAGAGAGUAUCAGAAACAUUUUUAGACAAUGUAUUAAUAUGAUCAGCCAUAUGUACUGUACAAUGGCCAUAGUAGAGGCAGUUAUAGUUCCAAUAAUAGAAAAUAAGGCAGAAAUACUCAAAGACUGAAAUAAAGCAUUUAGGAUGGAAAAGCAGAUUAGGAAUAAUUUCCAUAGCAUAUAUACCCAAAUUAUUAUACCAAGGUCAAAGGUUAACAAGAAAAAGAAUAUAGGGAAGUUGGUGGACAAAUAAAAUAGUACCUAGGGACAUAGUUAGAUUGAUACAGUUAGUAAUAAAGCAGUUAAGACAAAAAAUUGGUAAGAAGUGUCAUAUUUUGAAACUGAAAGUGAGCCAUGAACACCUUCAACAAGGAUUACAAAAGGUGUGUAAGCCAGAAUAAAUAGGAGGUCUGUAAAGGUCUUUUAAUAAAAGUAUAGUUAGUAGCCGCAAAGAGUUUAUAUAAAUGUCUUUGAAGAUAGAAUCAACAUGAGGGCUUAAACAUGAGAAUGACCCAUCCUGGGAAAACCAAUGAUCCAUAGGAGUUGGUUUUAAAAUAAGAUCGUCCUACCAAGAAAAAGAGGGAUGUGAAAUAAAAUAAUUUUUUUGAAGUUGGAUAUUUAUUCAGUGGGUUAUGGAGGGAAAAGGAAGAAGGAGAGGAGAGGAGAGAGAGAGAGAAACAGAAGGGGGAGGGGAGAAAUGGGGAGAAUGGAGUGAGGCAGGAGUGUGAAGUAAAAUAAUUUCUAUAAUCAAUACCUGGAUUGGAAAAUGACCAAUCAUAAUUCUUUUUAUUUGUGUCCUUUAUAGUAUAAAUGACUCCUUUAUUCGGGAAAAUGCAAGACAGGGUACCAUGUGAUAGGACUAAUAUUUUCCCAAGUGUGAUUGUAUUUAGCAUUAUUUAAACAGGAGGGCAUGAUGAUAGGAGACUUUUGAUGCAUAUAACUUGGCGCAAAAAAAAAAAAAAAAGUAUCGUAACACAAAGGAUGGAUUAGGGGCAGAGUGGAAACUCCAGAGGUAGUCCAGUUAUAGCCCAGCAGGAGUUCAUGGCUAGCAAGGGUUACUUGCUAACCCUCUGGCGCCAGGCCGCCAUGACAUUAUGCUACAAACUUUUCUUUGGUAGUAGCCAAAACUGUUAGAAGGAGCCUAUCUGCUGCAGACACAAAGCUCAGUGUCCCAAAAUGAUGAUUGUCCCUAGAUCUGCCACACCUAGGGGAAUCGGCUAACAAAGCCCUACAGGAAAGACUAAUACAUCCGAAGGGAGGAGAAAUUCCCGCAGGGGAGAAACGAAGAGACAACCUGUUUGCAUAGCCCAUACAACUUCAAAUGUCAGAAACCCUAUGAUAUACAAAGGCAUCUGAGUCACCCCCAUCAACUUGGAGUCAUUCACCACAACUUUAACUUCCUCAUAAUCCCAAACGGCAGGAUGGAACAAAGGUGGCUCAGGGACAUAGGUCCAAUGCUGCUCCUGAGCCUAGCAUAAUGCUACAAGAGAAAAUAAUACCUGAAUACUAAGCAAAGUCAUCAUAGGAGAAAAGAAAUUGAGGAGAGGGUUACUUCUGAAUCAUUUCUUCAGCAUGCGAUGUAAGUGCCUUGAUUUGCCCCCAAGUUGGCAAAGAAACCUUCCAAGUUGCCUUAGCAUGUCACACCGACUGCAAACUGAGUUGUGGAAGCCAAGAUAGAUGGAAGUGGGCCAACAGCUUCAGAUUAACACGAUCCCGCCCGUGAUCAAUGGCAGUAGCCGAGGGCAUGGUUAGGACUGCAGCAGAGGUGUGUGCCAUCUUUGGAUCAAGGGGCAGCGGUGAAGUUGGAGAACCCUACAUAUGGCUGAAUCAAACAGUCUGGAACCCAGAGUGGUGUAUCAGCAUCCUGUGGAAAGAUACAAGCACCCCCUCUUCUGGAAGUCAAAAGACCAUCCAGUCCCUUCUAUUUUUUUUUUUUGGCAGAUUUUUCCCUUUUACCAUAGUUUUGUGUGUGUGUGUGUGUGUGUGUGUGUGUGUAUUUGAUAAUCAGGGUAUUUCUAGGAAGCAGAAAUGCCUUCUGAGUCUAAAUUAAGAUAAUUAAGUACAAAGAGCAUGGUUUAGAAUGUAAAAGGGGGAGGAAUAGUUAUACUCUCCCUGUUGAAGCUUGUGAAAUUGGGAGUGGGCAGGGAUGUGGUCCACAAGAAAGCGAAAUUCUGUGCUCGCAUUGAGGACUGUAAUGCCCGCAGCAAAGAGAAAAUCGCGGUCUGUGAAGCAGGAAGCAGAGCAGUUUCAGUGUGAGGAGAUAAGCAGGCACUAUCACAGGAGCCAGUGGAAAGAGUAGACGUUUGAUUAAGCAAAAUUGCUAACACCUUCGAACCAGCCCCUAACCCCACUUUCUGAGCAGAACGUUCGUUAGUUUGAAAAGAAGUUGACCCCUCAUCAAUCAGAUG